AUGGGAGUUCAAGGCACUUUGGAGUACUUGUCAAAUCUACUAAGCAGUGCCAGAAGAGGCAAGAAGAAGAGGAAGCAAAUUCAAACUGUAGCAGUCAAGAUCAGGAUGGACUGUGAGGGUUGUGCCCGCAAGGUCAAGAAGGUCCUCUCCGGCGUAAAAGGGGCAAAAUCUGUGGACAUCGACUUGAAGCAGCAGAAGGCAACUGUAACUGGAUAUAACGUAGAGGCAAAGAAGGUGUUGAAGGCAGCUCAGUCGACUAAGAAGAAGUGUGAGUUGUGGCCUUAUGUUCCAUACACUCUGGUAGCCCAUCCAUAUGCUUCUGGGGCCUAUGACAAGAAGGCACCUCCUAAUAUGGUUAGGAAAGUUCCCGACACUGCAACCGCUGCUGUGGACGAGAGCUACACUAUCAUGUUCAGCGAUGACAACCCAAAUGCCUGCUCUAUCAUGUAG